AUGUCCGAUUUCGAUGAGUUUGAGAAGCAGUUAAGCGAAAAUCGGCAAGAGCGGGAGAAGGAGCGACACAAGAAGCGUAGCCGCAGCCGGUCUCUGAGCCGUGGCGAGAAGCACCGCCGCUGGAGCAAGGACUCCAGGGGGCGGAGUCACGAGAAGCGCAGCAGCAGCCGCGACCGCAAGGGUCGUGACCGACGGAGCAGCUCACGCGAGCACAAGAAGCACAGCUACUCUCCUCGGAGAAGCCGUAAGAAAAGGACAUACAAGUACUGGGAUGUUCCCCCUCCGGGAUUCGAGCACAUCACCCCCAUGCAGUACAAGGCAAUGCAAGCUGCAGGGCAGAUCCCCACGAUAGCUUUACUGGCAACAUCCACCACCAGCGGCGUGGCAGUGACGCCCACCCAGGUGCCGAUGGUCGGCAGCCAGAUGACCCGGCAGGCCAGGCGGCUUUAUGUCGGCAACAUCCCCUUCGGCCUGACGGAGGAGGCCAUGGCGGAUUUCUUCAAUACCCAGAUGCGAUUGGCUGGCUUAUGUCAAGGUCCCACCAAUCCCGUCCUCGCUGUUCAGAUAAACCAGGACAAGAACUUUGCCUUCCUUGAAUUUCGGUCCGUGGAUGAGACCACGCAGGCAAUGGCCUUCGACGGCAUCAUUUUCCAGGGUCAGUCGUUAAAAAUCAGGCGGCCCCACGACUAUCGCCCCCUGCCUGGCAUCUCAGAGCAGCCCGCCUUCCACGUACCAGGGGUCGUCUCCACCGUGGUUCCAGACUCGCCACACAAGCUCUUUGUCGGAGGCCUGCCCAACUAUCUCAGUGACGAUCAGGUGAAGGAACUCUUGACGUCGUUCGGACCUCUUAAGGCCUUCAACCUUGUGAAGGACAGUGCCACGUCACUGUCUAAGGGUUAUGCUUUCUGUGAAUACGUGGACAUCAGUGCCACUGACCAGGCCGUGGCUGGACUCAAUGGCAUGCAGCUCGGAGACAAGAAGCUCAUCGUCCAGCGGGCAAGCGUGGGGGCUAAGAAUGCCAACGCUACGGCCAUCAUCGAGACGCCGGUGACGCUGCAGGUUCCAGGGCUGCAGCGGCUGCAGAGCUCCGGCAUGCCCACGGAGGUGCUGUGCCUCCUCAACAUGGUCAUGCCCGAGGAGCUGGUGGACGACGAGGACUACGAGGAGAUCCUGGAGGACAUCCGGGAGGAGUGUUGCAAGUACGGCAACGUGCGCUCCAUCGAGAUUCCGCGGCCCGUCGAUGGCGUGGAGGUGCCUGGCUGUGGC